GAACUUCACAAGCACCCUUCGAGUAUGCCUUUUAUGCAUACCGCGUUCUGAAAACUUUAAUCGUUCAAUAUAAAAUCAUCACGAUUUUGUCAUCAAGUCAUCCACACGCAGCCUUCUCAUAGCCCACUUCAACUCUCUAGUUACGGACUGAUCGUCGUUUGCUUGUUACCACAAAGGCACGGCGAGUGGUUUGGUGAGCUGAGUGUGUGACUUCGGGUACGCUUUUCCAAAGGCUGGGUCAAUCCGGGCCUAGUCUUUGGAGUGGGUACUUUCCUCGGGUGCAGGCGUGCGUGAGAGCCAAGCCACGAGUUGAUAAGUACGGCGUAGUUAAGCCGUCCCUCUUCCGACCUAACUCUACAUGAGACGAGCCCAUCGGGCAGACCGGCGUUGGCUAUUUCGUCCCUCCCAAGAAAACGAGAGUGUUCAGAACAUAUAUUACCGGUCAUCAACUGAAUAUGAGGGCUUGGUUCUCACUUUAGACUCAGCAAUAACGGUGCACCGUAACCCUCCACUCAACCAUCGUGUCUGAUCCAGUCCACAACGCUGACCGGCAUGUCGACAACCUACCUCAUGAAAGCGGCGAGGCCCAUUCGCCGGGCUGUUGCUGGCCCCGGUGUCAGUGGGAGUACCUGGAGCCUUGCCUUCCGCCAGCGACUCACCACUUCGGCCGUCCGAAGCAACAUCUCUGGAGAGAGCGGUGGUAGUAGCAAUGGUAAAGCACGCCAGACACGAUGGGCUUCGACGUGGCCUCCUGUAUCAGGAGCCAUUGUCAUCGCCACUACCGCCAGUCUCCUUGGCUGGAGCCUGUCAGAAUUUCGGCAUAACGGGUUUCCCGGAACUAUGUUGAUGGAUAGUAUCUACCCUGCGCUAGAUUAUGCAAGUCUACACGAGAUGGAGCAGGCUAUUGCGGAGAUCAGAAGAGAGAUUGAGGGCGAGGACAUCAUUUCAACUGACCCGGAUGACCUCCACGCUCAUGGAUAUUCGGAGUGGUCAUCAUCCAACCCAGAGGGAUUACCAGUUGCGGUAGCCUACCCCCGAUCAACAGAGCAUGUGUCAACAAUCGCACGAAUAUGUCACAAGUACCGCGUACCUAUCAUUCCGUACUCUGGAGGGUCCAGUUUGGAAGGAAACUUUUCUGCGCCUUACGGGGGAAUCAGUGUCGAUUUUGCCUUUAUGGACAAGAUCGUGCAGUUCAACAAGGACGAUAUGGACAUUGUCGUACAGCCGAGCAUUGGUUGGCAGGAUCUGAAUGAGCAGCUGGCUAAGAUGGCGAGUGGUCUCUUCUUUCCCAUUGAUCCAGGCCCAAGUGCCAAGAUUGGUGGUAUGAUUGGCACCAACUGCUCCGGUACGAAUGCCGUCAAGUAUGGCACCAUGAAAGACUGGGUCAUCAACCUAACUGUGGUCCUCGCCGACGGCUCCGUCAUCAAGACCCGCCGGCGUCCACGCAAGUCCUCAGCCGGCUACAAUCUUAACAGUCUCUUUGUGGGCUCGGAGGGAACUCUUGGUCUCGUUACAGAAGCGACUUUGAAGCUAGCCGUCGUCCCCGAGGAGCUCUCCGUCGCAGUCGUCACCUUCCCCACGAUCCGCGACGCAGCGGCAGCAGCCGCCGAAGUCAUGCAACGGGGUAUUCCUGUCGCCGCCAUGGAGAUCAUGGACGAGGUGCAGAUGAAGGUAGUUAACAUAGGCGGAGCUACUGCGCCGCGGGUGUGGAAGGAGAUGCCGACGCUCUUCUUCAAGUUUGCGGGGACGAAAGCAGGCGUACAGGAGAACAUUGAUUUGGUGCAGAGAAUCACCAAGACAAAUAAAGGGAGCAACUUUGAGUUUGCCAAGGAUGCGAGAGAGCAGAAGUUGUUGUGGUCUGCGAGAAAGGAGAGUCUGUGGAGCAUGCUUGCUUUGAGGAAGGAGGGCGAGGAAGUUUGGAGCACCGACGUUGCAGUCCCUUUCAGCCGGCUGGCCGACAUCAUCGAAGUUAGCAAGAAGGAGAUGGACGAUCUAGGACUGUUCGCUAGCAUCCUGGGCCAUAUUGGUGAUGGAAACUUCCAUGAGAGCAUCAUUUACAACCGGCAGAAGAAGGAAGAAAGGGACAAGGUGGAAGUGUGCGUGAAGAACAUGGUCAAGAGGGCGCUGGAGAUGGAGGGGACGUGUACGGGUGAGCACUCGAUUGGCUGGGGUAAGAAGGAGUCAUUAUUGUGGGAGGUUGGGCCAGAUACACUUGGUGUCAUGAAAUCGAUUAAGCUGGCAUUGGAUCCCAAGUGGAUUAUGAACCCGGGUAAGAUCUUUGAUCGUCGAGCGUGACCGGGAGGGCGAGGAGGUAAGCGCUAGUGUCUAGACGAUGGAUUGGCCAGGAGACGCAAGGUUCAUGGCUAAAGGGAUCACAGAAGUGAGUGUAUCUACUGAGGAUCAAAACCCCUGUCUUGACUGGAUGCUGUGGCGUUUUUACAUUGAUUUCAACGUUGAGCUUCAGUUUCGGAGGCCAUAGGGCAAUGAAUGCAUCAAUGACUGAGGCACAGGAUAUCAAGAAGAGCGAAACUCGUAUAUAAUUCUCGGUUUGGUUGAAACUCCGUGGAGAGGAGAUGUGGGUUGUUUACAUUUAUCAAUUGAUCUGAUGUCCGGCGUCGU